AUGCCCAUCAAAAGACGAGAAAAGUUGGCCACUGGAUGGAGAUGGAGACUCUCAAAUUCCAAUGGCAAUGCGAAUGCAGACGCAGUACCGACUUUGAAGAAUUGGAGUCCCACCACAACCUUUCCGUCAGUUAUCCAAAUGGAACUUCUUGCGCAAGGAGUGGUUCCCAACCCAAGUGUGGGAGAAAAUGAGCGGCACAUCCAAUGGGUCAGCGAAGCGGAUUGGGAGUACUCCUGCUCCUUCCAGACACCAGAGGGUGUUGAGAAAGCAACCUUCACGGACUUGGUAUUUGAGGGUCUCGAUACUUUCGCAACAGUUACUUUGAAUGACGAGGAGAUUCUCAAAAGCGAUAAUAUGUUUGUUCCAUAUCGGAGAGACAUUAAACUCUACCUUAAACCGGCGGGUCAGCAUAAUACGCUUGCUGUCGUGUUUGAAAGCCCUUUAAAAGUUGGAACUGCGCUUGAAAAACAAUUUGGCGAGAGGAUUAGUUUAGUGCGUGAUAAGAGAAGAAAUCAUAUUCGUAAGGCCCAGUGUCAUUGGGGAUGGGAUUGGGGUCCGAUUAUGAUGACUGCCGGUCCGUGGAUGCCAAUCUAUCUUGAUAUUUACGACGCAAGAGUUGAUAACGUCUAUGUUGUAUCCAACCUUACCUCUAACCAUUCGAACGCCGAUCUCUCCAUUGACAUACAGGCCGCUGGGUCUUCAGCUAUGACAGCAAAAGUCACUGUCCUCGAUCAGGAUCAGCAGGAGGUGCAUAGAAAUGUCAUCGUCCCUCUAGACGAAGUACAGAGAGGGCUUGCUGAACUCUCAAUCCCGAAUCCAAAGCUUUGGUGGACAAAUGGUCUAGGAGCUCAACAUUUAUACAGUGUCGUGGUGUCUCUGGAAGAUAACUCGGGAAGUACACUUGAUAACCACACUACUCGUUUUGGCGUGCGAACGAUUAGGGUAAUCCAAAGAGCUCUUGAGGAUGCUCCUGGCAAGACCUUCAUGUUUAAUAUCAAUGGGCACGAUAUCUUCGCCCAGGGAGCCAACUGGAUUCCUGCUGAUGUGUUUAUCCCAAACAUUUCCCGAGAGCGAUACUACAGCUGGAUGAAAUUGGCCAAGUACAACCAUGCUAAUAUGGUACGAGUUUGGGGAGGCGGUAUUUAUGAGACCGAUGACUUCUUCGACGCAUGCGAUGAGCUAGGCAUCCUUGUGUGGCACGACUUUGCUUUCGCAUGCGGUGAUUACCCAAUCCAUCAAGCCUUUCUGGACAAUAUCAAGCUCGAGGCAGAAGCUCAAACUAUUCGUCUUCGCAACCGAGCGUCUCUAGCUAUUUGGGCCGGUGAUAACGAGGACUUCUUGAUUGCAGACUGGCUCAAGGUGGAAUACGACUAUACAGAUAUCAAAGGACCUUUUGAAGACACAAAGUUUCCUCAGCGUAAAAUCUACCUACAACUUCUUCCAGAAAUCUGCGAGAAGUUUAGUCCAAACACUCAAUACUGGCCUUCAUCACCCUGGGGGGAGGGGGAAAAUUCCUUUGAUUCAACAUUUGGUGAUAUUCACCAAUGGGCUGUGUGGCAUGCUGAUAAACCUUAUCAGAACUACAAGGACCUGUCCGGACGCUUCGUAUCUGAGUUCGGUAUGCAUGGGUAUCCUAUCCAACGCACGGUGCUUGCAUUCGCUCCUGAAGCGAAGGAUCGCUUCCCUCAAUCUAGAAUUAUGGACUGUCAUAACAAGGACAAUGGAUCAAAGACGCGGAUUGCUCGCUAUCUAUCGGAGAACUUCCGCUACGAUAUGAAGUUUGAGAACUUUGUCUACUGUUCCCACCUCCUACAAAGUGAAGCAAAUAGUUACGCAUUAAGGGACUGGAAGCGAAAAUUUGGCGGGAAAGGUAGAGAAUACUGCGCAGGUGCCUUAAUCUGGCAGCUCAAUGAUAUCUACCCCUCGACCAGUUGGGCAUAUAUCGACUACUACCUUCGUCCUAAGCCGGCUUUCUAUUCAAUUCGAAGAAAUUUCGCUCCUAUCAGUGUUGGCAGCGAACGGACACCUGGUUCACGUUGGAUUGAUGAGAACAAACCUAGCCGCUCCUACAUCCCUAGUUUUGCUGUGUUCGCCCACAACAACACGCGAGAGGAGAUCAGGUGCAAAAUGCAGCUAAAAGCAUAUGACUUCUACGUUGGCAAGGCUGCUAAGCUGGAUAACGUUGAAUCCGAUGUGACAUUGUCGGCUGGGUACAACACCGAACUACUGCAAUUGAAGCCACAUGCCUCGUGGACAGAAGGGAGCCUUAUCAUCCUUCAAGUGACCCUUGUCGAUCCUGUGAGUGGAAAAACCCUAGCUAGAUUCGUCGACUGGCCAGAGCCAUUUCGAUAUCUGCUGUGGCCUGCAGAUACCAAGGUCACUGUCUCUGUUGAGCCGCUGAGGAUUUCCAACAGUAUUGAUGAUCAGGGCAUAGAUUUUGACGACGAGGUUACGGUUGUCGCAAACCAACCUAUCAAAGGAUGCUGGAUGGAGCCAAUGUAUGAUGGAACAGAAAGCGAAGAUGAGCCAGAGCCGUUGUGGACUGACAACAUGUUUGAUCUGCUCCCUGGAGAGGAAAUGAAAGUGAAAGUAAGGGGCCUUCGAGGUAGAAAUGUCAAGGUUCGGUUUUUGGCCGAUUGGGAGGUUGGGAAAAAAGCGACGGUGCAAGCUGUUCUCUAA